AUGAUUAGGAGAUGGAGUGGUAAAGCUUUGAAAUUUGGCCAGCCCCAUUUCCCUGAGACAGCAGCAGCGAUAGAAAUCUCUCUUACAGAGAGAUUGAGGAGUGGGCUUGUCGAUAUCAAGGCGGAUGAUGCUGUUGAGCUCUUCCAAUCCAUGCUUCGGUCUCGUCCCCUCCCCUCUGUCAUAGAUUUCAAUAAUUGUUUAGUGGCAUUGCCAAAACAAAAGGUACGAUAUCGUUUUAGAUCUCUCAAGCAAAUGGAGUUUCAAGGGAUUGCUUAUGACCUCUACUCUCUGAACAUUAUGAUCAAUUGCUUCUGCCGGCUCCGCAAACUAUCUUCUGCUUUCUCUGUUUUGGGGAAGAUGUUGAAACUUGGGUAUGAGCCUGACACGGUCACCUUUUCAACUCUGAUGAAUGGAUUAUGUCUCGAGGGUAGAGUUUCCGAAGCUCUGACGUUAGUUGAUCGAAUGGUAGCAAUGGAGCUUACACCAGUCUCAUAA